GUUAAUUUUGUGUUCAUUUAUAUUCAGACUUCCAAACACAGCUUACAGAAAACCAUGGAAGAUCAAAGGCAACCUAUUCUGCCAAAACAGAAUUCUGAAGGACUCGAUUUGAAGAGCUUUGGUUCCUGCCUGAAAUGGGUCUUUGUGGAUCAGUCUAGUAUAUGGAGGAGUUGUCUUUCAUGGUCACUCUUCUUUGUCUUAGCCAUUGGUGUACCACUAGUCUCUCACUUUCUUCUCUCCUGCUCUAGCUGUGAUGCGAACCACAGCAGACCUUACCAUGUUGUUUCUCAGCUUUCGCUGUCCUUGUUUGCGGCUCUCUCUUUCAUCAGUCUCUACAGCUGGACUCGUAAAAUUGGUGUGAGGAGGUUUCUCUUCCUUGACAAGUUAUCUGAUGCAAACGAGAAAAUCCGUCAUGAAUAUAAGCAACAAUUUAAGAAUUCGAUGAAGCUCCUAUGCUUCAUUGUCUUCCCCUGUUUUGCUGCCGAGUGUGUAUACAAAAUAUGGUGGUAUGUCUCAGGAGCAACAGAACUACCAACCUAUGGUAACAUGUAUGUGAGUGACACAAUAUUGUGCAUGUUGGAGCUGUGUUCUUGGCUCUAUAGGACCACAAUUUUCUUCCUGGUGUGUGUUCUGUUCCGGCUCAUAUGCAGAUGGCAGAUUAUAAGACUAGAAAGUUUCGCAGUAGUUUUUCAAAAGGAAACCGAGGUGGAGACUAUAAUGAUGGAACACAACAAGAUAAGAAGGACCCUUCGGAUUAUAAGCCAUCGAUUUCGAGUGUUCAUCUUGACCUCUCUGAUCAUGGUUACAGCUAGUCAGCUUGCCUCUCUUGUCAUGAUAACUAGGUCGAGUGCUCAUGUCAAUAUCUUCAAGGCUGGACAACUCGCUCUAUGUUCUAUAAGCCUAGUUACUAGUCUAUUCAUAUGUUUGCGGAGUGCAACCAAAGUAACACACAAAGCACAGUCAAUAACAGGGCUUGCUGCAAAGUGGAAUGUCUGUGCUACAAUCCAUUCUUUUGAUUACGCAGAAACUGAGACUCCGAUGGUGCCUCAGGUGUCCUCGGAUCAUCAAGUGUUUCCUUUCGGUGCUGAUUUAGAAUCUGAUGAUGAAGAAGUGGAUGAAUACGACGAUCUGGACAACACCAAGUUGGUGCCAAUUUUCACAAACACAAUCUCAUUCCAGAAGAGACAAGCUCUAGUGAAAUAUUUGGAGCACAAUAGAGCAGGAAUCACAGUGUUUGGGUUCAUGGUGGACAGAACAUGGCUUCAUUCCAUUUUUGGAAUUCAAUUGGCUCUUCUUCUUUGGAUGCUCAACAAGACAAUUAGUUAAUUCACAUUCAUUAGAUGUGAGAUACGAAGUUUUCUUGUUUGUUAUAUUAUUAGCGACACUAGGAAAUGAAAAGUUUGAGCUUGGGAUCUCGAUUGAAUUCUAGUGUGAUUGUUGCAGCAUAUGA